GGCGAGCGGAGAGAAAAAAAAUUCAGCCAAUUUGUGAAGCGUAAAAGCGAAGAGUAAGCGACGAGUGAUCGGCAAUUGAUCGGCAAUUGAUCGGCAAUUGAUCGGCAAUUUUUCGCCAUUUUUCACCAUUUUUUCACCAAUUUUUCGCCAAACCUUCGCCAACCUUCGCGGAAAGCGCAAAUCACCCGGGAAGGCGCAACGCGAGGAAAAACCAAAACGCGAAAAUUGAGGAAAGCGAGGAAAACGCCAGCUGAGCGAGCGCAAAAUUGGGAGGAGCAGACUGGCCUGAAGCAUGUGUACAAAAGUUGGAGUGAACCCCUUGUGCAUGUUUCGCCAUCCGAUAAAGCGGGCAUCUGCUGAGUAGUGGGCGCGCACGCGAAGUGGGUUGCCACGCGGAAGUUCCUUUCACUCCACUGCGGUUUGCCUUCACUUGAGCCAAUCGCGCCAAUCGCGCCAAUCGCACCAUUUGCCCACCCCCUCCUGUUGCGCGUGGCCCAGCUGUAUGGUGCGGGUCCCGGCGCAUGAGGCCCCCCCGUCCGCUGCCCUUUGAGACGUGUAACCAUGGGAAUAUUCAGAUCGGAGACGAUGAAGCACGGGACGCUGGUCCUGCCGUCGGACCGAGCGAGGGAGUACCUAGACUGCCUGGGCAAGAACAUCGACAUACAGUUCAUCGACAUGAACGAGAAGACGAUGAAGAGGCAGUACAAAAAAUACAUCCAGAGGAUAGACGACAUGGAGAGGAUUCUUCGUUUUUUGGAGGAAAAUAUAAAAAAAUUGCCAAAUGUAAAAAUUAAGAAAAGUAAAAUUGAUUCAUUUUUGGAGCACGACAAUGUAUAUGAGUUGGACCAAGUGGAAGAGUCCCUAAACCGUCUGCAUGUCCAGUUCGUUCGCUUCUGCAAUAAUAAUAAGGACCUUGUGGAUGAGAGGAACAACGCUGUGGAGGAGAAGCACGUCAUCCUGACGGCCAUGAAUCAGCUGAACCCGGAGGGGGCCAAGAAUGGAGGUAUUAAUAAACGGCUGCCGGAGAAUUCGCUCCCCUACGACGAGGUGAACGACGAGAGUGUGUCUCUGCAAACGAACAUGAUGAAGGAUGGGAUGAACAUGAUGAUGUUUACCAACAUAUCUGGGGUGAUAAAGACCAAGGACCAGGAGAGUUUCAGUCGAACGAUUUUUAGGGCCCUCAGGGGGAACACCUAUACGUAUUUCCAAAGUAUUGACGAAAAUGCAGCUCCCUCCAAAGGGGCCGGGGCAGAAUCCAUGAAUGACCCGGAUGAGAAUGGCGGGGGGUCCUCCUCCUGCAUACACAACAACGGGAGUGAGGAUGACCUGACUGGUGGAGGAAGCAACAUGAGCAGCGGAAAUGCGAAGCAAAACGAACCGAAGAGCGUCUUCGUAGUGUACUGCCAAGGGUCCUCUCAAAGUAAUAUAUAUCACAAAAUUUUGAAGAUCUGUAAAGCCUACGAUGUUAAGACGUACGAUUGGCCAAAAACGUAUGAACAGGCAAGGCAAAGAUUGAAGGAGUUGAAGGAGAUCAUCACAGAUAAGGAAAAAGCGCUGAAGGCGUAUGAGGAGUAUUUUAUAAAUGAAAUUUUUGUCCUCAUCAAUGUGGUGGAGCCUAACAAGAAUAGCCUGAUAGAAGAGUGGAAGCUCUUUUGCAAAAAGGAGAGGUACAUCUAUAACAGUUUGAAUUGCUUCGAAGGAAGUGACAUCACGUUGAGGUGCGACUGCUGGUUUAGUGCCAACGAUGAGGAGAAGAUACGCCACAUGUUGAUUACCAAGUCGUCGAACGAUUUGGUGUCCGCGCUACUUCUAUCAGAUAAGGUGCUCACGCCGAACAUCUCCCCCCCGACGUACAUCAAGACGAACAGUUUUACAAAGUCCUACCAGGCGAUGGUGGAUACGUAUGGGAUACCGCGUUACGGGGAGAUCAACCCGGCCAUUUCGACGAUUAUUACUUUCCCCUUCCUCUUUGGCAUCAUGUACGGCGAUGUGGGGCACGGGGUGUGCAUCUUCCUCUUUGCCCUCUUCCUCAUCAUGAUCAACAGCCGUGUAAAGAAUAAAAGCCAAAAUGAGAUGGUGAGUAUGCUGCUGGACGGGAGGUAUAUGCUCCUCCUCAUGGGCUUCUUCGCCAUAUACGCGGGCUUCCUCUACAAUGACUUCUUUUCGAUGCCGCUUAACCUGUUCACGUCUAUGUUUGAGGAGGACCGGCAAGUAGACACCACGGUUUAUUAUAAGAGGAGGAAGGUGACGAAUGCGACCACUGGUCAGCUGGAAGACGCAGACCCGUACAUCUUCGGCUUCGACGCCAAGUGGUUGGGAGCAGAAAACGAGCUGACCUAUAUUAACUCCUUUAAAAUGAAAUUCUCUAUUAUUAUUGGCUUCCUACAUAUGACCUUUGGAGUGUUAAUGAAAGGGUUAAACGCUUUGCACUACCGCAGAAAAAUGGAUUUCUUCUUCGAGUUUUUACCCCAGCUGAUGAUGAUGCUGUCGAUUAUAGGCUACCUGGUAUUUCUAAUCAUUUACAAGUGGGUCACUCCCAUCGGUUACGGGGGGUAUCAGAAGCAGGGCAUCAUCAACACGAUCAUUAAUAUGUAUUUGAUGAAGGACUUGACUCCUCAGAACCAGUUUUACGCGCACCAGGGGCUGGUGCAGGCCUUCCUCAUUGCCAUCUUCGUGCUGUGUAUACCGCUCAUGUUUGUUUGCAAGCCAGCCAUUCGCACGUACCACAUUAUGAAGGAGAAGAAGGGGGGGGUUGGCGGCCAUGGCAGCAGCGGCGGUGGUGGGCGGUCCCGGGGCGGCAGCUACUCCCCCCAUGAGGAGAAGGAGAUGACGCACACGUUUAACCACUUGGUGGGCGCCGGCACUCCCGCCGCGCACACCGCUCACACCGCUCACACCGCUCACACCGCGCACACCGCGCACACCGCGCACACCGCUCAUCCCCCCCUGCACAAACGCAGCCCCAACAACCGUGAGGACGACUACCUCUCCCCCAGGAGGCGCAACAAGCCCACGGACGACGAGAUGGAGGCCCACCUCCUCAGCCCGGCGUCCCCCGAGGACCCCGACGGACUGGCCGAGCAGGAGUCCUUCGGCGCGGCUUCCGUGGGGGGAGGGGCCCACCAAGAGGAAAACAUCUCCGAAAUCUGGAUCGAGCAGCUCAUCGAGACGAUCGAAUUUAUUUUGGGUCUAAUCAGCAACACCGCUUCGUACCUGCGUCUCUGGGCCCUUUCCCUCGCCCACCAGCAGCUCUCCUUCGUCUUCUUCGAGCAGACCAUUCUAAACUCCCUCAAGAAGGACAGCUUCAUAUCUGUGCUGGUUAACCUGAUUGUCUUUUCGCAGCUCUUUUCUAUCCUCACCAUCGCCGUCAUCCUCUGCAUGGACACGCUCGAGUGCUUCCUGCACUCCCUGCGGCUCCAGUGGGUGGAGUUCCAGAACAAGUUCUACAAGGGCGACGGCAUUCCCUUCCGCCCCUUUAACAUUAAGAAGCUGCUCUCGGAGGGCGACUAG